AUGAAACCCCUCCACCUCAUCCUCUUCUUCCUCAUCUUCCUCAUGGCCCAGCUGGGUUGCAAGGCUGCCCUGAUGGCCUCUCCUCUUGAGGCCUCCGAUGUCCUGGAGAUGGGUCACUCCCUUGAGCCCUCCCCUGGGGCUUCUGAAAAUGCCACUAGAGACUACCAGCCUAAUGUAGCAUUCCCAGUGACCCUUUACCCUGAGCCCUCCAGGAUAGCUCACACCAUCUCCCCUGAGAACUCUGCCCUUGAUUCCAGUGAAGCCCCCAGUCCUGACCUCCAAGAGACCCCACCAUCAAAGUCUCCUGUGACCCCAAGAGUUGACCCACUCACAACAUCCAUACCAGAAUCUCUAAACACCCCCAAAACUAACCCUGCCAAAGCAACAUAUCCAGAACCUCCUGAGUCUUCUAAAACUAGCCUGAUUGAAACUUCAUAUCCAGGACCCCCUGAGGCCCCUCAAAUGGAUCCCUCCAAAAGUUCACACCCAGAAUUUUCUGACCCUACACAAACAACACACCAAGAAACUCCAGAAAUUGCCAAACUUACUGCCCCAGAAAUUCCAUCUGCUAAAACUCCUGGUGCCCUAAGUCUUGAGCCCACCAAUUCUUUAAACCUCAAAUCUCUAGAAACUCUUGAGCCUGUCACCACUGGGACCCCACGCUCUGAAUUAACCCCGACCACCCAUCCUGACCCAACUGAAAGUGUCCACCCUGAGUCUCUGGCCACCCACAUCCCCAGCCACACUGAGAUUCCACAGACAGAAUUCCCCACAUCCCACUAUCAGGGUACCACAGGGAACCCCACGACCUUUGAUACUGGAACCUCAACAAGCCUUUACCCCAAAACACCGCUGGCCCUUAAGGAGGGGACUGCCACUAAGAAUGAUCCAGGAGCCCUUGCAAUCUCUCAGCCUGACUCCCCUAAAUUGCCCACCUCAGAAUCUCCAGGGGAGGCCCCUCCAAACUCACUCCCGAAGGGGCUGGACACCCCUCCUCCCUCUGCCCGCAUUGCAGGGCCCCCUGCUCCUCCAGGGCCCCCCAGUCAGCUUGCUCCUGCUGCUCCCCCAGCCCCAGAGCGGAGAGGUCAAGGUGAGAGAGUCAACACUAUCAUUGUGGUGGAGCGAGUGAAAGAGACAGGCGUGGCUCUGGUGGGGCGGCCCCGCGGCGGCGGCGGCGGCGGCGGCGGGGCUUUGUGCCUGUUCUUCGCGGGGACCGGGCUGUUGAUCGGCAUCGUGCUGCUGCUGUGGUGUCUCUACCGCCGGGCGGCCCGGCACCGGCCCUUCUCACACCACCGACUCCCGGACGGCGGGGAUGAGCCCGUUCUGCAUUUAGACGCCCCGAAGGACCCCUACGACCUCUACUUUUAUGCACCGGAUGCUUGGAUCCCUUCGCACAUCGCCACCAAGCAGCCACCGUCCACACCCCCGCUGCCGCCCAAGCUGCCCCCGCCCCCCCGCGUGGGGCGACCCCAACCCCUGGAGGCCUUGUCCCCCGCCACACUGCCCAACAACUUCGUGUGA